AUGCAGCUUGACUGUUAUGUGCGGUUUCAAAUUCACUUGGCCUUAGCCGGCUCUUUCCCAAAGGGAAUACUCAAGCCUCCUAUAAACCACGAAACCGACAAGAUCGUCUUUGGUUGCUGCUGUGAUUUUGUAUAUCAUAGUCACUACUCUAUCCUGUUACCAGCCUCUAACCCCCGGAGGCAUGAUGUGGUUCAAACAAGAAAUAACUUAACAUUUUCCCUUCUCUGUACUGGUCUUAUUGAGCGAUUCAACCGACGGGCUUUGCGUGAUGAUAUGGAUGUUAUGAAAACUGACCCCGUAGUUAAUUAUAUAUACAGAUAUCUUUCUGGGCCACACUAUUAUCGUAUCGGCUACAAAACUGAAUGGAACAUUUAUAAAAUAUUUCAAGAUUAUACUGCCUGGAACAUUGAAAUUCUUAUGCGGAAUACUAACUUCCGAGAACUGCUUGACAGAGUACCAUCCUUAGAGAAAGCGAUUUUUCGCUCAAUGUGGGAAUAUGUUUGGACAUUAUGA